AUUUCUCUCUCUCUCUAUCCUCUCCCUUUCUCUCUCUAAAAAAUGAGGAAGAAGCGAGUGGUGAUAGUGGGAGGCACAGGCUACUUGGGGCAGCACCUUCUGCAAUCUUUCGCCGACGAUCCAGUUGCAAAUUCCACCUUCUCACUCGCAUUCACGCAUCACUCCGUUCCUCCAUCUCACGCGCUUCUCAAUGCCGUUCCUCACGCUCUCCCUUUCCACGUCGAUCUACGCUCCGGCGACGGCCUCAGUGCCAUCUCCGACGCAUUCGGACAGCCUGACGUCGUGAUAAAUUGCGCUGCGCUUUCCGUCCCUCGCGUGUGCGAAUUGGAUCCGGAAGCAGCCAUGUUGGUAAAUGUUCCUACGUCUCUCGUGAAGUGGCUAUCUAGCUUCGGAGAGGCUACUCUUCUGAUUCAUUUGUCAACCGAUCAAGUUUAUGAAGGGACGAAAUCGUUCUACAAAGAAGAAGAUGAGGCUGUUCCUGUGAAUGUUUACGGGAAAUCUAAAGUUGAAGCAGAGCGUUUCGUAUCGAAGUACUGCCAAAACUUUGCGAUUUUGAGAAGCAGUAUAAUAUAUGGACCUCAAACUAUCUCCCCUGUUCCUAAAUCACUUCCAAUCCAGUGGAUGGAUGGUGCCCUUGCUAAGGGAGAGACGAUGAAUUUCUUUAACGACGAGUUUCGUUGCCCUGUAUUUGUAAAGGAUCUUGUUUCUAUCAUACAGUUCCUCACUAAUCAAUGGAUCUCGGAGGGUAAGCAAGUCCAGUUGCUUCUAAAUGCCGGCGGACCAGAUAGGGUUUCGCGGGUUCAAAUGGCUGAGGCUGUUGCACUUGUUAGAGGUUAUAGUACCUCGUUAAUUAAACCGGUGCCUUCUUCAUCGGUCGAUCGUGGUGUGAAAUCCCCUUCUGAUAUUUCCAUGGACAUCGGUAAGCUUAUUCAGGCAACAGGAAUUUCUCCAACUCCUUACACAGAAGGUGUCAAACUGACGCUGUUGGCCGAAGGUAGUUCGUAGUUUUGGAGGUUCUUAUAAAAAAAGGUACGAUUUUCUUCGUUAGGUAGUUGUUUAUGAUGUCGUUGUCUUGUAUAAGAUGAGAAACAUCCAAUUUGAAGGAAACUUCUUCCUUUCCCAAUGUUGCCGAAUUUGUGAAAUUUUCAAAUGAUUUCAUAUAAAAUCUCGUAAAUUUAUGACUGAAUUUAACC